AACCGUCCGGAAGAUCCCGAGACGUCCGGUAGCCUCUUUCGGAAAGAGCCGCCCCAGAGUCUCCACUCGGAUAUUUCCGUCCUCACCCGACGCUGCGGCCGCUCUUUUUUUUUUUUCUGGCCGAUUGUUCUCGUGUUCAUUCGGCUAUUUCCGCUUCCGCUCGGGCGAUUCCGACUCCAGGAGCGGCGGCAGCGGCAGAAGCCUCCGCAGAAUGGAAGAGCCACAGCGGGUGCAGGAGGUGGGUGCUGCCUCUGGCCCCGAUCUCCACAGAGACCCUGAUGCAGAAGAGACGAUCCGAAACCUUCAGGUCCAGUUGGCAGCUGCGCUGACCGAGGUAGAAACCGUCCGGGCUGUAGCUGCCGUGAGCGAAAGCACCAAGCAUGAGGCCGUGGAGGCUGUCCGGCGCCAGUGCCAAGAAGAGGUAGCCUCGCUGCAGGCUAUUCUGAAAGACACCAUCUCUAGUUACGAGGCGCGCCUUUCGGCUCGAGAGCGCGAGAGCCGGGAGAACGUCUGGAGCCGCCUGCUGCCGAGGAGCAGCCCAUUGGACUCCUUGGAGAAACAGAUGGAAAAGGCACAGGAAGAUACAGAACGACUCCGAGCCAUUGUGCUGCCCAUGGAGCAGGAAAUUGACGAACUGAAGGGGAAGCUGGCCCGGGCGGAGGGGCUAGUUCAGGAGCUGCAGGGUGAGCAGGACGGCCUCUUCAGCUCAUCUGAAUCUCUGCUCGUCGACAUAGUGCUCCCCGAUGGACUAGGAGAUGACCAUGUUACCCCGGAGGAAGGAGGAGUGGCUGAAAAAUUUGCUUCUGGCCUCGACAGUGUCUCCAUUGCCUCUUCUUCCUUGCUGGUACCAAGCCCUGGGCUCCCGAUGCUCCGCAGACGGUCUGCCAGCCCUGAGACGGUGUCAAUUGCCUCCUCUAGUGCUACCCUGGUACCGGAGACCAUCUACCUGCCGCCGGCUGGGUACCAGCUUGUGCCUGACUCAGAAUGGAAGCAGCUUCACAACAAGGUGCGGCAGCAUCGGGAGGCUGUGGAGAAGAAAUCUCAGGAAAAGGCCCACUUGGAGGAGAUUCUCAGAUGCAGCAGCGAGGAUUGCAGGCAGCAGGUCCAGGUUCUUUUCAGUCAGGUCAAAAGCUCCGAGGAGAUUCUCCGGGGCCUCCAAAACACAAUGAGCAAGAGCCAGCGACAGACUCAGGAGCAGUUGGCUGACCUGGCUGCAUUGCACAAGCGCCUUAGCUAUGAAGUGCAGCUCCUCAACAGUGAAAACGAGGCGUUGCGCAGAGCCUCUUCCCAAGAUGCCGCUGGCAGGAUGCAGCGCUUGCCGCCCCCCAUCCAGGACCUGCAGAGCAUGGUGAGCCAGCAAAAACUGGAAGUCGAAUCGCAGCUUCGCAGUUCAGAGCACCAGGCCGAGCGUCUGCGGAUAGAGAUUGUGUCCCUGCGCGAGAGGCUAGACCAAGAGAUGGCCGCCCGGUCUGAACUGCAAGGGAAGCUGGACGGAGAGCGAGAAGAACGAGAACUCUUGCAAGCCUCUUUUAACAGCAUUCAGAGCGAACUGGAAAGACUGCAGCAAGGUCAGGAAGAGGGGAGUGAGAGACAGGUGCAGAAUGAUGCUUCUUCCAGGGUAGAAUCCAGCAGUGUCCCAGAUGGAAAUAAGCCUUAGAGUGAAGCUGGGGAGGGCUCUCCUCUCGGCUUCAUGGGAACCUCAGAGAAACCAAGAUAUACUGUACACCAAAGGGGUCAUCUCUGUCUUCCAGAGCUUUACCAGGAUAGCGCUAGGUGAGCGUGAGCUCUGGAAGAAGGAUGGCUGGAAUAUCUGUUGUCCCUUCCAUCUGUCCCCCUUACACACUGGAGUCUCCGGAACAUAAUAAAGGAGGUUUUUGUA